AUGGGAAAGCAGUAUAUUCUGACAGUCACGGCGUCACACGCCCACCAGCUGGAUAUUCUGGGGGUGGCUAUGACAGACAAAUACACUGUCACGGUUUCCAGUGACGGCUACGCGGCUUUCUGGGAUAACAAGAAAGACGAAGUCCACAAUCCAUCGGAGCAUGUUGUGAGGAAAUUGAUAGACCCGAUCGGCAUUCACCAUGUUGCUGCAUACCAGAAUAUUCCCCCAGAUCUGACAAACAAGGUUGUCUUGUUGGCUUUUGCCUGUUUCGAUGGCUCCAUCAGGUUUCGCUACUACGUCAACGAUGACCUUGAAACCUUCACCGAAUUACCCACCGGAUCCACAUUUAAAGCUAACUUCUGGACGCCUGGCUUUUACAAAGACCCAAAGUCAAAGCAGGAUAUGUUCAUUGCCACAAAAGCUAGUGGCCUGGCUGCAGUGUAUGCUUUAAAUGUCAAGGAUGAAGAUGGCAAGAUACAGAUCGUUAUCUCUCUGUUACUAGGCGAGCUUCACAUCACAGUCAACAAUGCUUCAUUUCCAAACUCCUUGGGCGUGUCAAAAGGACCUGAGGGCCUUGUAGCUGUGGGUUACACUUCCGGCGAUGUUGCUGUAUUCAGUUUGCAUGGUCUCAAAGCAUUGUUUACUUUUUACUCGACCGACCUUCAGAUCGCCGAGAACAUAGGGUCUAGCUCAGUUCCUCGUGUUCUUGAAUUCUCUCCUGGUGGUUCACUUUUGGCUGUUGCCAGAGACAACCAGUCUGCCGGUCUGAUCACGCUUUACGAUGUGGAGUACGGCGAGAGUGUGGGUUCGUUAACCACGUCGUCACAUUCAGCCAAAACUACUGUCGGAGGGUUUGCACAUGAGGGGUGGAUAAUGGGUCUUGAUUUCAAUGAAGACGGCCUGCUUCUAGCCAGUUGUGGAUUCGACAAAUGCAUAAGGGUAUGGAAUAUUGAAAGCCGUGAACGUGAAGCUACCAUUCAGGUCAACGUCACUGACUUGGAAAACACUGAACACGACGAAAGCAUAGAUAGCAGUGUUUGCAGUGGCGUUGCCUUCAUCAAUAGAGGAAUUAGAGCUGGAGCUGGUGGUGAUUCCAAUGAGGGUCUCUGCGUGGUGAGCUUUGACCGUGGUGUGCGCUGGUACAGAGAGGCAGGAGGGAUCUGA